AUUUAGAGGGUCUGUCUCUCCCGGGGUGUCGGUACUACUGCUGGAUUAACGGAGGGGAAGGAGCUGCUGCUGUUUCAAAGAAAAGCCCUCACACUUUUCAUCGCUUUAACAUUGGAUACGUGACUCGCCCUGGGGUUGGAUUAAUUUAAACCACUCUUUUUUAGUUUUUCUUUUUCAUUUGCUUUAGAAGACCCCCACCCAAACUCACUCAAGACAAUGGGUUCCCAGUCAUCCAAGGGAGAGGUGGCCGCGGAGGCGCCCGCUGCUGAUGCUGCAGCUGUCAAGACCAACGGACAGGAGAAUGGACACGUCAAAACCAAUGGCGACGUCUCCACAAAGCCUGAUGGGGAUGCUGCUGCUACCAACGGCUCGGCCGAGGCGGCCAAGGAGUCUGAGGCCGGGGCUGGGGGUGACGGCAUUGAGCCGGCACCUGCUGCAGAUGGAGAGGCUGCCAAACCGGAGGGCGAGGCAGCCGCAAAGGAAACCCCCAAGAAGAAGAAGAAGAAGUUCUCCCUGAAGAAGUCCUUCAACAUCAAACUUAAUCUGAAGAAGAGCAAGAAAAGCGAGGCUGUGAAAGAGGAGGUGGCAGCCGCGGCUGCCCCCUCUGAGGAGAAGCCAUCUGAGAACGGAGCGGCCGCCGCCGCCGCUCCUGCUGAGGAGAAGAAGGAGGAGGCGAAGGAGGAGGCUCCUGCCGCUACUACUCCUGCAGCCACUACUCCUGCCGCUACUACUCCCGCCGCCUCCGAGGCUCCAAAGGCCGAGGAGGCACCGGCUCAGGAGGAGGCGCCCAAGGAGGAGGCCAAAGAACCAGCUGCUCCGGCCCCCGAGGCCACGAAACCAACAGAGGAGAGCAGCUCAACCCCCGCUCCAUCUGAAAAGAAAGAGUGAUUGUACCUUUAGCUCACAGUGAACUCGGUGAACUGUUUUUCGAAAGAAAGCGAGAGAAAUAAAGAGAAUUUAAGAGUAUAUAUAUAUAUAUUUAUAUAUAUGUGUAUAUGUAUACAUAUGUAUAUGGAUAUAUGUAUAUGUAAAUAUAUACACAUGUAUGUGAAAGACUCGACGUGCCACUUUUCGUCAUGAUUACAAGACGACAGACUAGAUUCACUAGAUCACUUCCCUGGUUACUGCGCGACAUCUGGACCCAGACUGAGUUUGAGGCUGUGGGAUGGUCACUAUGUGGAAAAUGGAUUUAAACGGCUAGAACGCCAGCUAAUGACACCAGAAGUAGAGAUGGAUGGAAGGAUAGAUGGAGUUGAAGCAUCUUUUCCCUAAAAAUCUGCAGAUCAAGAUGCCUCCUUGCUGAAGGAAUGACGCUAGAUAAGAUACUAUGACACCACCACCACUUGAAAUGACUGUUAAAGAGAAAAAGAAAAAAAAAGAUGAAAUCAGAAAAUUAAGAGACUUGCCAACUUUUUACAUUCCUAUAUUUUAACCCAAAUUUGAAGUAUUUUGUGGUGUAUUAUAGAAAUCAUCUUAAAGAUUCAGAGAAGUUAUGACUCAUUUGUUAAAGAAACAAAAUAGACAAUUUUGAUUUUUACCUUGCUAUGAAAAAAAAGAACACUUAAGCUUGCUAUGUUCACUGUUGCGGUUUGAUAUGAAGCAGAGUUGUUUAUCUGUCGUGUGUGAGCCUGAAUCUGCUUUGUCUCUGUAAAUACAUUGGAUUGAUUUCUGUUCUUUAUUUUGCUAAUGUUGACAGAUGUUACUGGUUUUAUUGUAAACUUGAUAAUGGUAAAUAAAUGUUGGUUACCUGCCUGUU